UAAGGGUAUAUAUGUAAUUUAAACUUGAAUCAAAAGUAAAGAAACCCUAUCAGUUGAGCUAUAUAUAAAGGCAAAACCCUAAGAAACAUUUCCUUUUGACUCAGCCGUCCGUUUGAGAGACCACAUCAUUUGGAGUGCAGCACAGGAGAGCGACGAUGGCCCCCAAGAAAGGAGUGAAGGUAGCUGCCAAGAAGAAGACGGAGAAAGUAACCAACCCUCUAUUUGAGAGGAGGCCAAAGCAAUUUGGUAUUGGUGGUGCUUUGCCUCCCAAGAAGGACUUGACUCGUUACAUCAAAUGGCCCAAGUCUAUCCGUCUCCAGAGGCAGAAGCGUAUCCUCAAGCAGAGGCUCAAGGUCCCUCCGGCAUUGAACCAGUUCACCAAGACCCUUGACAAGAACCUUGCAACCCAGCUUUUCAAGGUUCUGAUGAAGUACAGGCCAGAGGACAAGGCCGCUAAGAAGGAUCGUCUUCUGAAAAAGGCUCAAGCCGAGGCUGAGGGAAAGCCUUCUGAAUCCAAGAAGCCCAUUGUCGUCAAGUAUGGGCUCAACCACGUCACUUACCUCAUCGAGCAGAACAAGGCGCAGCUUGUUGUCAUUGCUCACGAUGUUGACCCCAUCGAGCUGGUCGUCUGGCUGCCUGCUCUUUGCAGAAAGAUGGAAGUGCCUUACUGCAUUGUUAAAGGCAAAUCUCGUCUUGGAACGGUCGUUCACCAGAAGACUGCUGCUUGCUUGUGUUUGACCACAGUCAAGAACGAGGACAAGCUAGAGUUCAGCAAGAUCCUUGAGGCCAUCAAGGCAAACUUCAACGACAAGUACGAGGAGUACAGGAAGAAAUGGGGUGGAGGCAUCAUGGGAUCCAAAUCACAGGCCAAGACAAAGGCCAAGGAAAGGGUUCUUGCAAAGGAGGCUGCCCAGAGGAUGAACUAAGAAGGGAUCUAUUCUUCUUAUUGCGAAGUUUUUUUGUUUAGCUGUUGGAACUCUUUGUUUUCUUUUAUGGAUGUUUUGCAAUUUCUUCGGACCGUUCCCAUCUUCUUGAAGCUUAAUUAUCUUUAUGGUGUGUCUGCCAAUUUUAAACU